CUUUAUUUUUUGACUAAAGGUCCGAGCCAAGAUCAGUUUGUAUAUAGAUAGAUUUCCGGUCCUAUUGCAACUGUUAACCGCGAAAAUGGAACAAACAGCAGUAGAAGCGGCGAAGAGGAGAUGUCGAGCCCUAAUAAGCCAGAUAAAGAACUCAACAAAAUCCUUGUCAUCGUCGAAUAAGACCCUUUUGCGACUCGCCAACUCUGAGCUUUCUUUCCUCGACCGCCUAAACCACUCCUCCGUCUCACCUUCUGUGCCUCUCAGCCUCAACAUCGGCCACCUUGAAGCGGUCUGUUACAUUCUCGGCCACCCAUCUGUCACCUCCGUCGCGCGGGUCUGCAAAUCCAUUCCAACCUCUCCUCCACAGAAUCUCAGAGCGGGCGAUUCUAGAGUAUAUAUAGAUAUAGUGUGUUGUUACAAUGGGAAGCCCGUUUGGAUCCUUGUCUCAGAUCGAAAUCCCAAGUACAAUGACUUCAAUGAACUGCGAGGUCGUGUUGUAGGCGUUUUGAAGGCUGCUCGCGAUUCACCUUUAACUCUAAGGCCAUCUUCUGUUAUCCUUUCGUUUUUGAAUGGCCUCCGAGAUGAUGUUAUUCAGAAGCUCCGAGAUGAAUUUGAGACCACUGAUUUUGCUGGGUUUGGGGACUCCUCAUUAUUUGAACACGAGCUCGAAGAGGAGGAAGGUGAUUGGGUCAAUGUGCUACCUUGCCGUUCUUUUGAAAGGGCCUGCUUUUUGGAGAUAAAGAUUGAGGCUUUUUACAGUAACACGGAACUUUUUCAUUCCAAGAGGGAAGUAAGGUUUGAAAAUUGCUUAGAGCAUUUGGAAAUGGAUAAAAAUACUGCUGUGAAUUUAGAGGAAUCGUUUUGUUCUCUUGUGUCAAGAAUGAAGAGCUGGUCUGCCGGGGAUGUUGAAGGGAAUGCUGAACUGGUUAACUUUGACACAACUGCUCUAGUUGCUGCCGUGUCGGGGAUAAGCAAUGGAGCUACCUUGAAUGUUCCAGAGAGUGAUUUGAGGGCUCGGUUCAAGGGAAAUUAUGAUUUUGUGAUAAAUCAGGUGGAUACUGAAAUGAUGAAUCCAAUCCAUGCAGUCAUGUCUGAUGCAAUAUCUGGAAAGAAAGGGAUUGUUUGUGAAAGUGUUUUCUCAGAAUUUCAGGAGAUAGUAUCAAUGUGCGGUGGGCCAAGAGAAAAGUUAAGAGCUCAGCACCUUAUGAAGAAACUCAAGGUUGUUCCUGACAGCCCGUCGGCACGUGUGAUGAGCCUUCCCACGACCAGAAAGUUGGCCUUGAAGAACAAAGUGGCGUUCGGGACAGGCGAUCACUGGCACGCUCCAACCAUAACUGCAAACAUGGCUUUUGGUUGUCGCAGGACUUGAUUUGUUUGACAUCAACUGUUCCUUCUUUCUCAAGAUCAUGUGUGGAGAAAAGUUUUGGUGCUAUAUGCUUUGUUCUAUCCCCUUUGAUGUAACCUCCUUUGAUUUGAGCUAUACAUGCUUUGUUAUCUUCAUAAAUUACAGUAGGAUUACAAGUAAAAGAUUUUAUACCGCAUUCAUUUUGUAUGUGUUGGAUCAUUGAUCUCAACCAGACACAUUCUCGACCUGCUUCAUAAAGAGUAAUUAAUUCUGCAUGAUUUGAU